ACACACACACUGAUGCAGUGCAGAGCAUACACACAUAUAGUAGAAAUGCGCGCAUCGCAAACUCAUAAAAGUCACAAAGCAAUGCUUUUUCUUGAUAUUUUGGUUUUUUCAUUCACGCUAUUCUCAUAUCCGUACGCCGAGUUUUCGAAUGUUAAAAGACGAGAAAGAAAUGGAUAACAAAAACUAGCAACUAACAUAUUGAAAGUUUCUUUUUAUUUCGGUGUAUGCGAUAAAACCAAAUGCUCGCUCACAUGUUUUCAUUCGGUUCGUGACGCUAUUUAUUUUCUACAGCGAGAUAUCCGAGAAAAGAGUAGAAAUAAAAGAAGAAAGACAGAAAAAAAAACACUUUAUUGCGGAUGAGAAAAGGCUGAAAAGAACAAUAAUGAAUUUCACUGCAAACACGUAAAAUAGCUACUGUGAAUGUGUGCUAUGUUGCAAAUAUCUCGUGACAUAAAAUAUGAAUCAAAAAAUUGGGUGAAUGUAGAAACGAGUAAAAGAAAUCAUGUCAAAACUGCUGCAUCAAUUACUGAAAUAUUAGACGAACGACGGCAAAAAUAAUUUUGUGUGUGCUGGCAAAACAGAGUGAUUGUUUUAAGAUCGAAUUCAUUAAAGAUGGUGACAAAAAGGAAAAUCAAACAGCAAGUGAAAUGUGCUGAUUACUAUUUGACAGUGGGAAGAUAGCAAAAUAGUUUUGCAUAAAGUUGUUGACGUGAAAUGUAAAAUUGAAUUAGCACCGAAUUGGAAACAAAUCGACGAACAUGGGCCAUGUUGUGAAUGUGUGAUGUGAUUUCUCGUACAUUGAGGCAAUGGAUAUUGACUGUGAGAAAUGUGCAAAUUGUUUGAGGAUUUCGCGUGUGAUUUGAUCUAUAGAAUCAAUCAUGAUGACCUCACAUAAAUAAUAAUAGUUUUACCAGUUCCAACUGCAAAUGUCGUGUACUUUACAAUUUCGAUGCAAAAUAUUAAGAAAAAAACAUCUCCUAAAACUAGGCAACAACAAAAUAACAAUUUGAAUGAAAAUAAACAGAACAAGCCGUUGAAAAAGAAGAAAAACUUCCGAAAAAAUUGAGACUUAUUGUGGAUUCAAUUGUGUAUUAAUUACAUUGGAAUGUGAUUUGGCACUGUGGUCAGAAACUAAAUGAAUCACAAACAUUUUGAUGGAAUUGUGUGCCACCAUUGAUCGAUUACGUGGUAUUGAACGCAAGCGUGCGACAUUAUUGCAAAGGAAUACUCAUUGAAAAACCUAUAACGAAAACAAUUACUAUACAAAUAAAAUCAAUGUUUGAAUCGUCGUCGUAGAAUCCGGUUAGUUGUUUGGAUAAUUUAUGAGAAAUGUUUACGGGUUUCGUGCAAAGUGGAUGAAUUGUGAAAAAAGAAACGAAAAUAAAAGAAAAAAAAAAUAUUAUUUAUUAAGUACAUCAAUGUUCCCAUCGGCUCGAAUGGCACGUCGACUCAAUUCGGUGGCGCUAUGCGUCAUCGUUGUUUUAUGUAUUCUAUUAAUCUAUGCCAGUAACCGAAUUUCGUUGUCUCCAUUCUCAUCGGCACCACCCGACGAAUUUAUGCGCACCAUCAAACUACAUAAUUCCCAUCGACAGUAUCAUCAACAGAAUUAUGCAAACAGCAAUAAUCAUAAUAGUAAUUACAAUGCAAUCGACAGUGCUAACCGGCAUAGUGCAAAAUAUAAUCAUAUCAUGCAUCCGCACAAUACCGAACAACGUUCACAGCGUAAAUACAUUGGUGGUUUCCAAACAUCUGAGUCGGCAACGGCUGCCACAACCACAUUUAUCAAUACAACGGUGAGAAUUGAAGACAUUAUUGAUGCACAACGCCAGAGAAUCGCAUCAAAAAUGAAAGAUUUUGAAUAUACUGAACAAAUGAUUGGGCUGUCUGCCUUAACCCCGGAAACGAAUGGACAGCCGCUGCAAAGUGUAAUUUUAUCGACAUGGAGAUCGGGUUCGACGUUUUUGGGAGAUAUUAUGAACGCGAUGCCUGGAAAUUAUUACCAUUAUGAGCCGUUAUUGUACUACGAUAUUGUGCAGAUACGCGGCCCGCCUGAAUCAACCGAAGCACUCAGCACUCUCCGUCAAUUGCUUAAAUGCAAUUAUACCGGUCUCGAACACUACCUUGAAUAUGGGCAAGGGCAUCAUUUUCUCUUCACGCACAAUACACGACUGUGGAAAAAUUGUCACCUCUAUCCGCAGUUUUGUUUUGACCCGAAUUUUCUAAAUCCGUUCUGUCGACUGUUCCCAUUUCAAAGUAUGAAAGUGGUUCGGCUUCGUGCCGAACUGUCGGAAACAUUGUUAAUCGAUCCGUUAUUAAAUGUGAGAGUCCUGUUAUUGGUACGUGAUCCGCGCGGUACCAUUCAAUCGCGAAAGCACCGCGACUGGUGCCCUGGUCAACCAGACUGUGAUAAUCCUGCAAUAUUAUGCAAUGACAUGGUAUCUGAUUACAAAGCGGCCGAAGUCUUAACAAAGAAAUAUCCGCUACGAUUUAAAGCAAUACGAUAUGAAGAUCUGUCUCUGGAUCCAUUCAAAGCGACAAAGGAGAUCCUCUCCUUUUAUGGACUGCCAUUCGAUGCGGAAAUCGAAGAGUUUUUGGACUCACACACUCGAACGGACAUUGGCGGAGUGAGUUCAACGUUCCGAGACUCGAGGACCGCACCAUUUCAUUGGAUGCGCGAUUUGAGUUUCUAUGAAAUCGAUCAAAUUCAAAAGCAUUGCACCCAAGCAAUGUCUUUGUGGGGCUAUAAAAAAGUCGACGAUGAAGACUCGCUGUCCGGCACAAUUUUCAAUCCCUUACUAAAAUUCCCAUUUUCCUCUGCCACCGUUGCUGAAUCCGCCGCCGCAGUCGCCACGCGAAAUGAGCAGCGAAGUGAUAGAAACAGUAAAUGAAAUGGCUAGAAAGAGAAGAAUAAAGAAAAACCGACGAACAAUACUAGAAAAGCGCACAAAUGCAAACGCAGUCAAUGGAAAAUCUCAUGCAAUUUACACGGACAAAAGCACACAUUAAAAAUAUUAUUAUUUAUGCAGAAACAUGCUUCCAAUCAAAUCAAAGCAUUUUAUUAACUAGCCACUGUUGAAAUAAUACACACAAAUAACAAAAAAUGGGUUUCUUUUAUAGUUCCGAAAAAAAUUGGUACCAUUUUUUUUACUUCUUUUAGAUUUUGAUCCAUUCCAAUGCCCAAAUUUCAAAUCAUUUCCGCUAUAUAAGCGUAAACAGUGUGAAAAGAAAAGAAUGUGUGUGAGAGAGCAUGAGAGCAUGACAGAGGAAUAAAUAUUGCACCGCAUAUGAUUAAAACACCACUCACAGACCAGUGAUAUUACAAUGGCAAUGUAGGAUAGAUUUAUUAGAAUGCACUUGCACUUACCACAAAAUCGAAUUUGAUAAACGACAUCGCAAUUUUAAAUAUAGGUAUAAUUUUACGUCCCAUUAGAAUCCCACUUUACUAUGAAUGACUCCCUUUCCCCUCUUUUUGUUGUUUCAUUUUAUAAUGAUUAUUUAUUACGACUGUAAUUUAAAAAAAGAAUCAACGACGAACCGAACGGAUUUUGAAGUGAAAAAUCGUAGGUGAACGAAGAAUGCAUAGAAAUGUAACACAGAUUUGGUAGAUUAUCAUAAAAAAUGAUCAUUAUUAUGAAUAGUGCCUAAUAAUUAAAGUAAAAGUACCGUGCAAGGCUUUAUAAUCAUCCAAAUGAACGAUGGAAAAUAAUUUAUUUAUAUGAAUAAAAAAAAAAGAAGCAAAAUAGAACAAAACAAACCAUUGAAAAUAAAAUCACACAACGCUAACUGAUUUUUAAA